GGCUGCUGGCGGGGCGUGCAGCUGUGACGACAGGGAAAAAAUAUGGCGGCCAUGAUAAGAGGCUCCUCUGUGGUGUUCAGACUGGUGAUCCAGCAGUACCGCCAGCAAUGUUUACGAGUGCACAAUGUGCGCGGCCACACGUGUCUUGCCUUGCUUCCCACCGCACUCGACAGGAAGUUCCCAGUGUGCAUCAGAAGCUUUCAGAUGUCGAGCCGGAUGAUACACAUGUCAGCAGCGGGUCGCGGACCCAUCGUCCAGUUCAAACUGUCGGACAUUGGCGAGGGAAUCAUGGAGGUGACGGUGAAGGAGUGGUAUGUCAAGGAGGGAGACAAAGUGUCUCAGUUCGACAGCAUCUGUGAGGUCCAGAGUGACAAGGCGUCUGUCACCAUCACCAGUCGUUACGAUGGCGUCAUUCGAAAACUCUACUAUGACACAGACGGCAUCGCCCUGGUGGGCACACCUCUGGUGGACAUCGAGACAGAAUCCAGUUCAGACCUGAUCCAGGAAGAAGACGUGGUGGAGACGCCUGCCAUGGCUCGAGAGGAACACACCCACCAGGAGAUCAAAGGUCACAAGACCCAGGCCACACCUGCUGUCAGACGCCUCGCCAUGGAGAAUAAUAUAAAGCUCAGUGAGGUGGUGGGAACAGGUAGAGACGGACGCAUCCUAAAGGAAGACAUCCUGAACUUUCUGGCCAAGCAGACGGGAGCCAUCUUGCCCCCGACCCCGUUUCAGGAAAUCCAGACUCCACCUCCUACUCCUCCAAUUGCCACUGCCGGGCCCGCAACGACUUCAGCAGCCCUCAAGGCCCAGCCCAUCAUGCCCAAACCUGUCUUCACUGGCAAAGAUGUUACUGAGCCCCUCAAAGGCUUCCACAAAGCAAUGUUGAAGACUAUGACGGCGGCUCUCAAAAUUCCUCAUUUUGGUUACUGUGACGAGGUGGACCUGAGCCGCUUGGCGGCCCUCAGGGUGGAGCUUAAGGCUGUCGCUGAAGGUCGAGGCGUCAAACUGAGCUACAUGCCCUUCUUCAUCAAGGCCGCCUCCCUCAGCCUUGUCCACUUUCCCAUUCUCAACUCCUCAUUGGAUGAGGGCUGCCAGAACAUCACGUACAAGGCGUCUCAUAACAUUGGUGUCGCCAUGGAUACCAGCCUGGGCCUGCUGGUUCCCAAUGUGAAGAACGUGCAGCUUCUCAGCGUCUUUGACAUUGCACAGGAAGUCAACCGCCUGCAGGCACUCGGCGCUGCCGGUCAGUUGGGAACGACCGACCUGAGCGGAGGAACCUUCAGCUUGUCCAACAUUGGAUCAAUUGGAGGGACGUAUGCCAAACCGGUGAUUCUUCCUCCAGAGGUUGCCAUCGGAGCUCUGGGGAAAAUUCAGAUUCUCCCGUGCUUCGAUGCUGCCGGUCACGUGAUUCGCGCUCACAUUAUGAAUGUCAGCUGGUCGGCGGAUCAUCGCAUCAUUGACGGCGCCACCAUGUGUCGCUUCUCCAACAUGUGGAGGGACUAUCUGCAAAACCCAGCCAGCAUGCUACUGGACCUCAAAUAAAGCCCCGCCCCCUACCUUCUUCCUGCGGCAAGCCUUUGUUCUCUUUCGCCAUUUUCUCGUGGCCUUCGGGUGGUGUGCUGAGUGGAAGAGGCUGGCCCUGGUUAGAGGUGGUUUUCCAAGGGGCUGUGGUCACAUGACCCCUCCCCCCCCCCACUGCAGGUCAAGACUUGGAUCACAUGACCAUCAAGAAACAAGCACAGUACCACAGCUGUAGCGACACCCCCUCCCACCUCUGAGCUUUUGGACCUUUUAAUAGAUGAAGAUAAUGAUGAGGUGGAUCCUUAUUGAACCUUUGAAGACAAAAAGUUGAACUUUAUUAUGCUGUUACCACCUCAUCUUCAGCAUCAUCAUAAUCACGCUGGUGGUCUUCUGCCACCUGUAGUUAAUUUGUUCUGUAUUUUUGAACAGUUUCAGAACCUUUCCAGUGGUGUUUGACGACGUUCUCGUGUGUUUUUUUCUUUGUUUUAUUGAAAUCGUGUUCGUUUCUUAG